GCUUGUGACUUAGGCAGCACAGGCUGUCAGAUGUUGUCGUGGCACUUGAGAGCACGUUCCAGAGGUGUCCGGAUGUUUUAUCUUAACCGCGGGGCGCACCUUUAUGAUACAAUAGCAGUUGCAGUGACUUUUUUUUUUCUGCCUCUCACAUUUUACGUCAGAGCUAUUCUGUCUAAUUUUAAUCUGCCGCGUUGCAUUCAGUAUAAGUCCUGGGAAUCGAGAAUGGCCAAAGGCGGCGGGUGGCCCCAGCAUGGAUGUAGCACGAGAGCAUUAAGUGUUCUGAGAGUGGUUUGUGUGUAAACAGAGUACCAUGGCUACUCUGCCACCGCAGCAUGGGAGGCAGGCACCAGAAAAUACGCUACUGCUCGCUGUCCUCCUGCUGCUGCCUUACCUGCAGGUAAUGGGUUCGAUACUAGAAGACACCAUUUAUAAACGAACGGAGUAUUGGGAAAAUUGCACCAGGACCUUAGCAUCCAGCCAAAUCUCAAGAACUGGAGUUUAUUGCAAUGGAUCCUUUGAUCAUUUUGUCUGUUGGCCACACUCGCUGGUUGGGAAUGUAUCUGUACCAUGUCCUUCAUAUCUGCCGUGGAUUAAAGAAGGUAACCUGGCGAGGGUGUACAGGCAGUGCACCUCCAGCGGGACCUGGCGCACAUUGGAAAACUCCACAGACGUGUGGAGGGACCAAUCAGAAUGUAUCGACCCACAUUACUUCAAACCACAGGAAGAUUAUAUGCACCUUCAAACAGUAUUGCGUGUCAUCUACAUGGUUGGAUACUCACUUUCUCUGUCCUCACUGACCCUGGCUGUUUUUAUUAUGGGAUUGCUGAGGAAACUUCACUGCACAAGAAACUACAUCCAUAUGAAUCUCUUUAUGUCCUUCAUAUUUCGAGCUGCAGCAGUUAUGAUCAAGGAAAUAAUUUUUCAAGUUAAGUUUACUAACCUACCCACUGAUGACACAGGAUGGAAGGAAUAUACCAGCUCAGUGAUCUCUGUUGUCUGUAAGGCUAGUCAAGUGUCAAUGCAUUACUUUGUGGGUGGAAACUACUUCUGGCUCUUAGUGGAAGCGAUAUUUCUCCAUAGGUUAUUGUUCACUGCGGUACUCACCAAGAGACGGUUGUUAAAACGAUACCUUCUCAUUGGCUGGGGAACUCCUUUUGCAUUUGUGGUGCCCUGGACCGUAACAAAAGUUUUGUAUGAAAAUCAAGCAUGCUGGCCCAAUAACAACAUGUGGAUCUGGUGGAUAAUAAGAGGACCCAUAACUUUAUCAGUGGUGGUCAUUUUUUACAUAUUUAUAAAAAUUAUGAAACUACUGCUGUCAAAGCUAAAGGCAGACCAGGUGAAAUUCGCUGACUACAGAUACAGUUUAGCCAGAGCGACACUGGUGCUUAUUCCACUGCUGGGAAUCCACGAGGUGGUGUUCACGUUUUUUAUAGAUGAAUACAUGGAGGACGGAGCACUCUAUGUGCGAAACUUUAUCAAUUUGACUUUGAGCUCCUUCCAGGGCCUUCUUGUUGCUAUAUUAUACUGUUUUGCUAAUGGAGAGUGUCUGGAUCAACCUUUUUUGGUUAUUGGUGUCCAGGUCCAGGCAGAGAUCAAGAAACGCUGGCAGCUUUUUCUGUUUGCCAACCACUAUGAUGCGCAAAGCUGUUUCCAGGGUAUACACAUGUGGAAGUGCUCAAGAAGAAGGCCAGCCGACUGCCCCGACCAGUGCAAUUGUGUACAGGACAUCAGCGCUCCUUCUAAUGUUCAACAACUAUGGCUGAUAGGCCAGGCUGGGUUGCCUUCCCAGCUAUGUCAGCCUAACAGGCCAAAAUUCAAUACCCGCCGAAGCCUAUCCAGCAGCGAGGGUGAGAUGACACUAGGAGAUACGAUGGAGGAGGUACUGGAGGAAAGUAUGUUCUAACAGCCAGGCCUGUAGCAGCAGGCCUUCCAAUGUACAACAUCCAUUUUGGUCAUUUUUUUGUAAGAUUACCUAGCGGCAAGAUUUUCUCAGCUCUUCCGUCUCAUGAUUCAGAUGUAAAUUAUUGAAAAUUUUUGCAAUUCAUAAUAUUAUUACUUAUGUCUCACAAAGUCAAGUGUAAAUAAAAGUCAAUUCUUAACAGCCUGAAAUCUGCAAACCUCCAAAGAUGUCUUCUGGCAAAAAUUCUUGAUACAUUGAUUUGGAUCAGUCUCUUCAGCUACCACAUAUGGCGCAGUAAACAUAAACAGCGUAUGUUCAACCAUUUUACAUUUCAUCAUCAGACGAGGUUCAAAAGCUUUAUGUAAUGGUGUUUAUACGGUACUGUAUGCUUUCCUGCUAACUGAUGGACUAGUCAUAUACAUAAAGAUAACCCAUUGACAUUCUUCAAAGUGACUAUUUUCAAUGGUAUAUUAUGACUCUAAAUCUUUAUCAGAAUGAACUGCAUAAAGAACGACAAAGAAAACAAAGAUCUCCCCAGGGAAAACCAAUGUAUUGGGUUUAUAAAAUGCUUUUUAUUGGACAUACUUUAUAGUUAAUUUACUGCACAUUCCUGUCUCAGUUAUGUUUAAACAUUCUUAUAUUUUGGAUUACCAUUAGAAUACAAAAUCCAUAAAGCAUUCUAUAGAAGAAUAUGUAUUGCAGUUAUUAUUUACUGUGUUUAGUGGACUCCUGCAAAAUAAAUGUGAUGUGUCAUACACAUUAUAUUUUAUGUAUCAUAAUGUAUACAUGUUCAGUGUGAUGUUUAGCCACAUUUCUAAGAAAUUGCUUUGUGUUGGAUUUAUUCUUGUUAGACAAUUAAAUCCUAUUUCAUGUCUGUGAAGGUAAGAAAAAAUCCUUUCUGGGAAACAUUUAGAUUGGACGAGAAAAACGUGGGUUAGUCCAAAUAGACAUUAAAGAUGCCAAGGCACAUUUAAUCUUAAAAAGCAGUAGAUUCAAUAUUUUUUUUUACCAAUACUACAGCUGGAAUGAGGUCAUAAAUGGCACUGAACACAAUGGAAAUGGAGAUUUUAUCAGAAAGCAAUGAUUUCUCUUGAGCAAAUGUUUAGUCAUUCCAGUAGGGGUCCAGCUGUGCAGGGAAAUAAACUCAUUCUAAUUACAAAGUUCAUUACAUCAUUAGAAUUGUACUUUUAUAUACAAAGUCUGGAAUAAGUACAGAACUUUGCAUGUGUGAAGGCUUUUACAUAUUGACGCUGAGGCUUAAAUGUAUCCUCAUAAAAAAGUAAACCAACUUCUAUUUUAAAAUAUUAUUUGAAAUUAAAAAGAAAGGUACAUUUUAACUUCUUGGAGAUAAGACAACUUAUUGAAAUGAAAUUUGAUUUCUGAUGUCAUGUCAGGUCAGAUUACUUUAUUUGUACAUGUAGGCAGAUUUGGUUUGCAGUGCAGAGUCCUCAUCCAUAGACACACGUUACAGGUACCUAUCACACAUCAUUCAUCUUACAACACAGGCAAGAAAAAAAUAUAACAUAAUAAUACAGUUA